AAAGCUAUAAUGGCCGUAUAUGCCUGUAGACCAUGUCAAAUAUCACACAGUAGCUGUGAUAACUACCGGCCAUGCCACAAUUGCGUUAGAAAGGGUAUACAAGAUAACUGUAUAACUAUAGAACAUAGACGGAGGGGACGUCCAGGAAAGCACGAAAGAGAGCAACAAAAACCAUCACUACCCUACCAUAGAACUAUACAACCACUGUCAGCAAAUGUGAUGCCAGAAUAUAUAACUAUGGUCGUAACACCUGAUUUACAGAGGACAAUACAGGUAUCGCCUAAUAGUACUUUCGCGGACGCGUCCACAUUGCCUAGUCUGCACGACAUCACAUCGGUGUAUCAUGCACCCCGAUUGGCCAGUCUUCAAGCAAAGCUAUCUUUAGGAGAGAUGUGUCCACGUGAAAAUGUUAGUAUUGUUGAUAGAUAUGGCAGACAUUUCGCUAGUACCCUCUCGCUAAGGUGGUUAAUCAAAAAUGAGACAGUCUCGGCUGAGAUGAGGAUCGUUGAGGAGAUCACUCCAGUACCUACUUUACCUUUUACUCCCUCAUCUGGAGAAUCAUCCCGGUCGCGUACUUCGAUAAGCGCGCUCUGUGACAUCUAGAGAUACUUCGUCUUAAUCGCUCGCACUCAGUAGCAAACUCAAUACUAAUACUUGUAACGCUAUAAAAAGAUUAUCGGAACUUUUUAGGUAAUAGAAUUUUAAUAAUACUUUUAUAGCACGUCUACCGAUCGGGUGGGAUAGAUUGAUAAUCUAAGGCGAUGCAUGCAUGCAUGCAUGCAUAUAUGCAUAUAUGCACGACUGGUAAUGUACUCUUUUCACAAUGAUCAAAAC